UGCCGAGUGAGGUAGUACGGGUGCUGAGAGGGCUCAGACGCGGAGCUGCGGUUUGGCGCAUGUGAGUGGAGAGAGGAGCGGAGCAGAAAACGGGACUUUUAUUAUUAUAUUCUAUAUUUUAUUAUAAGAGAUUUUUUUCCGGGGAGCUGAGGAUCUGCUGGAGGUACAGAAGGGAAGUAUGGCUCAGUAUGAGGAGGUGAAAGUCCGCGGGUAUGAGGAGUUCUGUAAAACUGUGUCUGACCGAGCAGGAAAAGAUAUAUUCGCUUAUUUCAGCGGAGACAAAGAUCAGCAGGGGCAGAGCUGGUGCCCUGACUGUGUUAAAGCUGAGCCAGUGGUCCGUGGGGAGAUGAAUCAUCUUCCUGAAGGUUCCGUCUUCAUUUACUGCCAAGUGGGAGAUCGGCCUUACUGGAAGGACCCAAACAAUGAGUUUAAGAAAACUCUCAAACUCACUGGGGUCCCAACUCUGCUGCGCUAUGGCACGCCACAGAAGCUGGUGGAGGAACAGUGUUUCAAAGCAGACCUGGUUCGGAUGAUGUUCACUGAAGAUUAACGUCUCAGACGGCAAUAUUUUUAUAUAAAUGCAAACUCUAAAAUGCAUCUCAAGAUAUCUGAUCUAUUGUGUGCCUUUUUUCAAUGUUUCUCUGUGGCAUUUCAAUCAGUUUAAAUUGUUAUUCUUUUUUAGUAUAUCAGUUUACUGUAGUUUCUUACUGUACAAUUAGCAGGAAUUUAUGAUGAACUCAGAAGUGAUUAAAAGCACUAAUAAUAAAUUAUGCAUAUACAGUAAUGUGACUUCUUUAUUAGGCUGUGUAUGUGUGUGUGUCUAGUCCCUGAAUGUAAUGUACAUUUUAGAAAUAAAAUAAAAGAACAGUAAGUAUCUAAA